AUGGCAGCAGAUGCCCGGGAACAGCCAACAAACGGGACACUCGCGGCAUACAAGAAAGAGUCAUCAUCUAUUCUCUCAAGCGGAUUCCGUCGCCUCCAAGAAUACCAAGUCAUCGGCCGCAGCCUGCCCACCGAUGCAAACCCAACCCCCAAGCUCUACCGUAUGCGCAUUUUCGCACCCAACACCGUGGUCGCCAAAUCCCGCUUCUGGUACUUCUUGUCCAAGCUCCGCAAACUGAAGAAAUCCACCGGCGAGGUCGUCUCCCUGAACGUCAUCCACGAGAAGCGUCCCUUGAAGGUCAAGAAUUUCGGUAUCUGGAUCCGCUAUGAUUCAAGAUCCGGUACCCACAACAUGUACAAGGAGUACAGAGAGAUGAGCCGCACGGACGCGGUCCAGGCAUUGUACCAGGAUAUGGCAGCGAGACAUCGGGCUCGUUUCAGGAGCAUUCACAUCCUCAAGGUCGUCGAGAUCCAGAACGCCAACGACGUCAAGCGACCAUACAUCAAGCAGUUGAUCACGCGCAACCUCAAAUUCCCUCUGCCUCACCGCAACAGCAAGUCGAAGAAGCUGUUCACGCCCAAGCGACCUUCUACUUUCGCAUAG